AUGGCAUCUAAAUUUUUGAGAGGAAAGACUGUGGAAAAGUCGCCGAGCCCUCAAACCCAGAGAGAAAUCGGUCAGCUCAGAGAGGAAAACGCUGACUUGAAAAAGACACUUGACGAACUUGGUCGCCAGAAGGGGGCGCCAUCAGACUCGGAAAACAGCAAGCUCUUAGAGAGAAUCCUUGCGCUGGAGACCUUACGAGAGAAGAAUUCUCAGCAGAUCCUGUCCAGAGAUCAGGAGAUCGCGUCUCUGAGGCAGCAGCUUCGACCGGACACUGCUGAGGUUGUGGCCGGCUUGCAGGCCCAGUUGAAUCAGCAGCGGCACGAAUCGGAAAUGAGAGAGAAACUAUUUCAGUCCCUGAAACAAGAGACAGAAGAGGUGAAGAACAAGUUAGCAGCCGUAUCCGCUAAAUGCCAGGACCUAGAGAGCAGACAGGAACAGGCUGAGAGCGGCACCGCAGAUGGUCAGACCACCACCAGGGAUGCCUCAGUGAUCCAGGAACACCUGAAAGACGCCUUGGAGAAGAACCUGCAGUGGCUCGCUUACGAUCAGCAGAGGGAGGCCUACGUGAAGGCAGUGCUGGAAAGAACAUGCAUCCUGGAGCAGCAGCUGAACCAAGCAAAUGAGGCCCUUCAGCAGAAAGACAAAGAGGCCAGUUCAGAAGUAAAGCAAGCUAUGGAGACGCAGCGCUGCUACGAGGAGCUCCUGCGCUCGGCCCGUGCUGAGCUGGAGGAAGAACGGGAGCGAGUGGCUCAGGGCAGACGGCUUCUGAGUCAGCUGCAGCAGCAGUGCGAGGAGAGGCAGCGAGAGGUGCUGGAGAUGAGGCAGCAGCUGCAGGCUGUGCACCUCAGUUGUAAGAAUGAGCUGAAGGAAGAGAGGAGGCACAUCGAACGUCUGCGUGCCGAGCUUGAUGGCGUCACUGCCAGGCUGGAAGACGAGAGGCUGAGGUCGGCAGAGCUUCGGCAACAGGUGAACCUCCUCCAGAAAUCUCUACUGACUCAGCACGAGGAGCAGAAGCGAAUAUCAGUUUUGGAGGAACAGAUUCAGCUGUCUGCCAAAGAUCUGGAGGACGAGAAGCGCGAUAAUCAGCAUCUCCAACGGCAACUUCACAAAAUUUUGAAGGAGCUGCGAAAAGCCAAGGACAGAGUGGCAAGAUUAGAAUGCGAGAAAGAAAUGCAGAUAUGCACCAUUAUGUGGCCGCACCUGACGGGUGAGAUCGUAUGGAACGCCGUCUUCAUUGCAUUUGGCUUCCUUCUUCCUGCUCUUAGUAUUGUGAUCAGCUACAGCAAAAUCCUGCAGAUAAGGAAGCAAUCCAAAAAGAGGCUCCAAAGUACCACUUCGCAAAGCUGUGCCCAGAUAUGUCCGGUGUCUAAACAAGACUACAGACUCUUCCGCACGCUCCUUAUCCUCAUGGUAUCGUUCUUCGUCAUGUGGAGCCCUAUCUUCAUUUUUACUUUUCUCAUCCUCGUACGCAACUUACACAUGGAAAUUCCCGUCACCCCCACAAUGUUCUUCUGGGUGGUGACCUUCACUAUGGCUAACUCGGCCCUUAACCCUGUCCUUUAUAGCAUAUAUCAGCUGAGGCAUAGUUGGCAGAAGCUCUGCUGUGCCAAAGAAGGCACCUCAGCUCAAAGGGAACUAGGGAACAAUAGAUGCUAGAUCUUGUUUAUUUUGUGCCUGUAAGUUCUUAUGCUGAUUGUACAGGGAGAUUCACUUGAAAGAGGCCCCGAAUGUUCUGUAAUAACUCUCUCAAGGAUGGAGCGAUCUGAACCAAACAAUGUGCAAUGUGCUCCUCGGUAUAUGGAGCUUUGACCAAGCUGGGAUGCCCCCAAGUCAGAGCGACGAGGGAGGUGUCGGACAGCCGUCGCGACAUUUAACCUCUGUUUGCCUCCUCCGGGUGCAGACCCACCCCCAGUACCCCUUUAUGUGUUUGGCAGAAAACGGAGAUCAUUUCCAGCGUCGCAUGUAAUGCAAUCGAGCACACACACACGUCAAGGUAUGUCGUGUAUUUUUUGGUUCAGAUUGAUUCAUCCUAGUAGGACUAACAGCAAGAUAUUCAGGGCCUCUUUCUAAUGAAUCUCCCUGUAAUAUAUGUGUUGUUUUAUACUAUGAGCACCCCAUCCUAUCUGCAGUGGGAUGGUGUGGCUAGAUUUUCAUUCCAACAAAGCAGUAGCUAUCCUGCCUCCACUUUUUUGAAGGCGCAAUAGAGAACGACUGUUAAUAAUUGAGCUCAGUAGCAAAGCAACCACACCUGGCCUUCAGUGGUUUUUCAGAAACCACGACACUAAAUUCCCAAACUGUCGUCACCACUGAGCAGCUUUUCAGUCGGCAGCUGUGACAGAAGAACAGCUGAACAACCUGGAAUCAGCCAGAAAUGAA